UUCGAGAGUAUGUGGGGUAUUUAUUUAAAGAAAGCAAAUUUUCGAUAUUUUUCUGGAUUCCAGAAAAUUUUAGUUGUCACUUCCAGUUGAAUAAAAUAUCGAAAAUAUUGGAAUUCUGGGGGAAUUCCGAUUUUUUGGAAUUCGGGAAUUUUUACAUCGGGUAAAGCAGAGCAGAUCGUCCGACUUUUUUAUCGGCAGAUUGGGCAGUAGUUCAGAACCUUCAUUCGUGUCAAUCUGUCAAAAUUAGAUCUACUUUUCACUGUUUUUUGAAAAUCCGAGGAUUUCCUGAGAUUUUGAAAUGGCAGACUCUAAAUAUGCGGAUCUUCCUGGAAUUGCUUAUAAUCAAGUAGAUGUUUAUGAGACCACGGAUUUACCAGAGAGCGACCAAUUUUCUACGUACAGUGAGGAUGAGUCUGAAGCAAUCGAAAAACUUCACAUCAACGCGACCGAGGCCUUUGGAAAAUUCAAAGGAAAGCAUGUCGUCACCACCGGAGUGGAUUUCUCUGACAGAAUUUCCAUAAGAAAUAGAACUGGCUUUGGGGUGUGGGAAUUGCCAGGAGAUGGGGAGAAAGAGACUCCGAUGCAUAAAUAUCAGAGACUCCAGUGCGAAAUAAAAGAAUUGUACGAUGAAGUCAGUCAGAUAAAGGAGAAGGCACAGCAGAAAGAGGAGGAGAGAAAUGCAGCUGAUAUUUUGUCUCACGUAGAGGAAGCUGGAAAGCAGCUCAACAGUUUGAAACUCUACGACUGCCUUGGAGCUGAUCUCGUGACGACCUUGAUGGACCCCCAGGGUGGAAGGCUCAAACAAUUGGAGACACAGAUAGAGCAGUUUAAAUCAGCUGGCAUCCCCGAUAAGGAGAGAACAGGUGCUCCAGGAGAAGCUGACGGUGCAAAAGGAGUUUUGAAAUACGAAAUGAUGUAUCUGCCUGAGAAGGCCAGGAUGCAGGAAGUCGCGAGAGUCUCCAAUCUCGAGCAACGAUUGGCUAAAUUGGAGAGUGUCAUUGGUACCAGUGAUGAUAAACUCUCGAAAUUCACUCAGAAUUUCAAGUCUCAGGGAAUUGCUGAGUCAGUUCAGAAACUGGCAGCCAAGUCCUCCCUCCUGGACAGCAGCCAGAUUGAAGCCAUGGAGAACAGAAUAUCAGUACUUGCUCACAGAAUGGAUGCUGUGGCCCAGAAGAAGUCAGCAAUAUCUCCAGAGGCUGAUCGUGACCAGAAGAUCAGCGAGAUGUACGAAAUCAUGUAA